AUGAAGGAAGACAUAUCGCAGCUCAAGUACGAGCAGAGCGUGUCGAACGACCUGAAGAUGAACAAGUGGGUGGUGGUCGGGCUGUACUCCAUAGUGGCGGCAGUGGCGACCUUCGUACACGCAGGAUUCAGUGGCUGGCAGCCAAUUAUAUACAAGUCAGGUGCCUUCAGCGAAUUAUGUGGGCCGACGGAUGACAAGCAGGAAUUUAAAGUGGACGCAAAUACAUCCUAUAUGACAUGUGGGAACCGAGAUGCAGCUGUGAACAAUUUAUUUACCUUGGCCUUCUUUGUUCAUUUUUUCCUAUCAUCAGUAAGUGGCUACGUAUUGGAUACCUUUGGAGAAAAGGUCUGUUUUCUAAGUGGACAAAUAAUCCUAGCAGGAGCAUUUCUAUCGCUAGCAGUUUUGAAGUUUUCCUACGUAUGGUAUUUGUUCUUUUUAAUGUUGGGUAUUUCAGCAGACUUAUCAUUCAUUCCGUUGUUAAAAAUAUCGAAAUAUUUCCCUGGACAGGAGUCUCUCAUUUUUGGAAUCCUGGGUUCAGCAAGGUCUACGGGAUUUGCCGUUGGGUUGCUUUUAAAAUGUGCCUUUUUCUACAUGUACAGUUUUAAGGAUAACGAAUUUUACAUUUUGUGCUUAAUCUACCUAUGCACAUGUAGCUUGUAUGCAUUUAUUGUGGGUAUUUUUAUCAUGCCGAGUAAGAAGAGUGGACAUUCGCAACUGAACAGUGAAGGAGCCACGGGAUCGUCAAACCAAGAGAAGAAAAGAAACAUAAGUAUGAUGAACGAAAUGGACAGAAUCGAAAGUGGAGAUAAAAAGUCAUACAAUAAUGAUGAGGGUUCUAAAUUUUCAUAUAAAAUGAAAGCUUUAUGGAAUCAUCCACAAAAAUGGGAAUAUUUAAUCACCGUAUUUAUAUGCAGUUCGAGUAUGAUUCGAUUUGAUUAUUUUAUAAAAACCAAUAGAUCCUUUUUUAUAUGGAAAGAUAAUGACCUCACGACAAUAUUUUCUCUCUCCACUGUUUUAUCCUUUAUCCCAACCCCAUUUUUUGGCUACCUGGCUGGAAAAUUUGGUUCUAUAUACAGUAUAUUAACAAACAACCUGUUUAUAUUUUUGACCUACCUUUUGAUCCUAUUUGAUGGAUACUUCUUCCGAAUCAUGGCCAUGAUUUUGUUCUUCUUUUAUAUAUCUUUCGUUUUUUCCUGUUUCUAUUGCUAUGUGGAUGAGAAAUACUCCAAGCAGCAUUUCGGAAAAUUGUGCGGAAUUAUGUUUGCA